GCUUCUUGUAUAAGAAGCAGGAUCAUUUUGAGCCAAAGUUCAAAAUAAUGCCUUUUCCUCGAAAGAGUCAAUUCCAAAGCAUUUAGAUGAUCCAACCACUAAAUUUGACUCGAAGCCAAACCCAUCAUCAGUGGCUGUUCCUGCAAAACAGACAUGAUCAGAGAUUCAAUUUCAUCAACGUUAGCUCCACAACCUUCCUGGUUCACUGCCAAAAGUCCAAGCACAUGAAGGGAGAGACCAAGAUUCAUGGGGUUACUAGCCAUAUUCUGUAUAAUCAACUUGCUAAAUUAUGUGGAUCGCGGUGCUAUAGCGAGCAACGGUGUUAAUGGGAAGCGCAGUGAGUGUACUAAGAGCGGUACUUGCUCUUCUGGCAGUGGAAUCCAGGGUGAUUUUGAUUUGAACAAUUUUCAGGAUGGUGUCAUAUCAUCUGCUUUCAUGGUUGGGCUUCUUUUGGCAUCUCCAAUAUUUGCUUCCUUAGCCAAGAGUGUUAAUCCAUUUAGACUUAUUGGAGUUGGACUGACAGUCUGGACCUUUGCUACUGCUGGUUGCGGCCUGUCAAUUAAUUUCUGGUCCAUUACCAUCUGCAGAAUGAUGGUGGGUGUUGGUGAGGCAUCUUUUAUAAGCCUUGCUGCUCCAUUCAUUGAUGACAAUGCCCCAGUUGAUCAGAAAACAGCAUGGCUGGGAAUAUUUUACAUGUGUAUACCAACUGGGAUUGCUGUUGGUUAUGUAUAUGGUGGAUUGGUUGGAAGUCUUCUUAAUUGGCGUUGGGCGUUCGGGAUAGAGGCAUUGCUGAUGCUUCCUUUUGCAAUUUUAGGUUUUGUGAUGAAACCAUUGCAAUUGAAAGGGUUCUCGCACACCGGAUCAAAAAGACCAUCGACUUCUGUGCAGACUUCUUGCACAGAAGCAGUUACUUCACCUUGUCAAGAUGGUUCAUCCCAAACAAGGAAUGAUUCCAUGGAUGGUUCAAAAAGUGCACCCGGAAUUUUGAACCAAUUUACAAGAUUUUGGAUGGAUAUGAAGGUGCUUUUGCUUGACAAGGUCUACGUCGUGAAUAUCCUAGGAUACAUAGCAUAUAAUUUUGUAAUAGGUGCAUACUCGUAUUGGGGACCAAAGGCUGGUUAUUACAUAUACCACAUGAACAAUGCAGAUCUGAUGUUUGGAGGUGUUACUAUCAUAUGUGGAAUAUUUGGAACCUUAGCAGGAGGUUUUAUUCUGGAUCGAAUGACUAACACGAUAUCCAAUGCCUUUAAGGUAGAUUCCUAGCAUUCCAAAGGUUUU